AUGUCAUCAGAACAAGAAAUUCCAAUAAAACAAAAAUGUCUUCAAUGGAUCAAAGUUGGUGAUAAGCCAUUCCAGUUUACAGACUCAGCUCUCGUCACACAACCAAAAGAUUUGGAACAAAAUGAUGUGUUGAUACAAGUUUAUUCAGCUGGUGUCAAUCCUAUUGAUGGAAAAAUGGCUGUAGAAAAUAUAGCACACGUUAAAUUACCAGCAGUUGUUGGUUACGAUAUCAGCGGAACAAUUGUUGGGAUUGGCAGUAGUGUUAAAGAUUUUAAGAUUGGUGACGAUGUUCUUGGUUGUCUGACUUUUAAACGUGGUGGUGGAUUUCAACAGUAUUGUGUUACAGAUGAAAGUGUUCUCAUUAAAAAAUCCCCUGGAGUUAGUCAUGAACAAGCUGCUUCACUAGGAGUUGCAUAUCUUUCAGCGUUGGAUGGUCUUCAACAUGUAAGAAAUCAAAUACAAGGAAAAUCUGUUUUUGUACCUGGUGGAUCUGGAGGAGUUGGUCAUUUUAUUGUACAAAUUUGUAAAAUCUUGGGUGCCUCACCAUUAAUUGCUUCUGCAUCGAAAGAAGAAGGAAUUAAAUUACUGAAAGAAACUUACCAUUGUGAUCAUGUUAUCAAUCAUGCCAAAGAGGACGUGGUUGCCAAAAUCCAAGAAAUUACUGUUGGUCAAGGUGCACAUAUUGUCUUUGAUUCCACAUAUAUAUCAUCAAGUUUUGAGAAAUCGAUUCGUUCAACAGCCAAUGGUGGAUUAAAAGAAGCUUGUGAAUGGAUAUUACAAGGAAAAUUAAAACCAUAUAUUAAUCAACAACCAACAAUUGAAGAGCUAGAAACAGCAAUUGAAAAAUUGAGAAAAGGACAAAGUGGAUUUGGAAAAGUUGUAGCUAAAAUACAUUAG